AUGGAAGAUUACGACAUCUGGCACGAGUUUUCCUUGAUGAGCAAUGGAAGCAAUGCUUCAUACUACGACUAUUAUUUCUUCUAUGAAGAAUCAGUACUUGAAACAUUUUUGAAGUGGUUUGAGGCGUUGUGUGUGAUGCCAAUAGGUGUCAUUGGAAAUAUUCUUGUUCUGUGUGUCUUACUGAGAAAAAAGUACCGUAAGUCAUCCACUGCGGUGUUUUUCUCCUUUCUCGCCAUCUCGGACAUAAUCAUACUUAUAACAGGUAUAUACAUCUUAUUUACAGUCCGCAUGUCCGAUAAGAUAGAAUGUAAGAUAUUUACAUCCAUCUGGUUGAGCUCCGGGCAACUGUCCUCUUGUAUCCUAGCCACCAUUGCAACUGAGCGAGCUUUCAGCGUUCUGUUUCCACACAGAGCAAAAUUCGUGUUCACAGCAAGAAAUGCUAAACUCAUUAUGGCAACAGUAACAAGUGGUGUCUUUGGACUGAACGCAGCCUUGAUAGUUAGUUAUGACGUAGGCGGAGAUAAACUUUUUGAAGAGAUGUAUUGCCCUUCGGAUGACCUUCUAUUGAGCUCCAUCGUCCACGUCUAUCCUUGGGUUGACUUCAGUCUAGGAUUUGCCAUCCCAUUUAUGGUAAUCCUUGUGUGUUCCGUCAUCAUCAUACUCAAGCUGAGACCAGCAAUAUUUGCUCAAAAGAAAGAAGACAGAAAGGUUUCUUCUGUUACUAAGACCUUACUGUCUACCAACGCUUGUUUCCUGAUAACCCUUGCACCUAGCAGAAUUUACAACAUUAUAUAUCCGAUUCCUCUAGAGGACGAGGAGGGAUUUCACACGUUCGUCGCGUUUUCUACGUUAUCUCAAGUAAAUGCAGCGGCAAACUUCUUUCUCUAUUUUCUGAAUGCGCCGGUGUUCAGAGCUGAUGUGCGUCAAUUAUAUUGUUCGAAGCCAAAAGCAAAAGGUGGAUCGAAAGUAACGAAAUCAACGAGUCAAUGUGGAAACAUCAUUAGUAAUGAGUAA